AUAUACAGUACAAUUACCGUGUGGUACGGUAACGGGUUUGUUUUGGUGUUUAUUCUGUGUGAUCAACUCUUCGGGAUAGUACAUUAUUUCGGAAAGCCACGAGCGCGAAACAAAGUAUCACCUUUAUUUAAAUGUGACCCAAAAGUGAUUCGAACGAAAAAAAUACUUCAGUGAAGAGAUUUGUUGUUGUGGCAACAUUGUACAACAAAUCAACCCGCGAAAGUGGACGUUGCUCGCUAUUUUUUACUUCAAGGAUCUACUUCGUUGAGAUUAGAGAAUUUGGGGGAACACAUUGGAAGCAAGUUACAAGUGAAGUUACAAGUGAAGUCACACAGGUUUUCUCAGUAAAAACAAUGUAGCUAGUGGAUGUGCUACAUAGCAUUGAAGAUCCAGGAUCUGACCGGUUGAGGUUGAAGUGGUUGUUGACUUUAUCAAUUUAACAUGGGAGGAUGAAAUUCUAUCAUGGGGUCAUUUAAAGCUUUACAAGAAUGGUGUCGCAUAAAAUGCGAAAAUUACCCCAAUGUGGAGAUAAGGAACAUGUCUUCUUCAUUCAGAGAUGGACUGGCGUUUUGUGCCAUAAUCCACAAACACCGACCUGAUUUGAUAGACUUCAACUCCCUCUCCAAACAUAAUGUUUAUGAAAACAAUCAUCUGGCAUUUGAGGUGGCACAGUCAAAGCUGGGCAUCCCUGCAUUGCUGGAUGCUAAGGACAUGGUGUCCACAGAGGUGCCAGACCGGCUAAGUGUCAUCACUUACCUCUCCCAUUACUACCACUGCUUCAACAAGAAGUCUCAUGCCAGUCCAGCCAGUUUGAAGACGCCAUGUGUCGCAGAGUGCUCCAGUCACUCCAAGAAACAACCUGACUCUCCUGGAGGUUUAGAGUCAUCUAAGUCAAGGACAGAGGAGCGAUCCAUCAGAGGCAGGCCAUGCAGCAUUUGUGCCUCCUGCACGAAGCACGUCCACCUGGUGCAGAGACAUCUCACUGAGGGGAAACUCUACCACCGCAGCUGCUUCAAAUGCAGUGUGUGCAGCAACACUCUCUUACCAGGGUCUUACAAAGAGGGGAGUGAAGUUGGCUCCUUGGUCUGCAUCCACCACUUGACAGCCAGUCAAAAUGCCCGCUCCGACUACAGUAAACAAACUGGAUCAACAGAGAAUCUACACAAAUUAGAUGAGCAGGAGGUGACACUAUCUCAGGGUGGAUUUACAGACAACCCCGAUCUCCCACAUUUUAUUGGAAAAACAGACUCAGGUGAGACAGUUAUUUGUGGAAGAGGAGAGACAGAGACGGAGGGAGGUGAGAGAAAGACAAGGCAAGACACACUCAAGAAGCCAAGGCCACCCCGUCCUCCAAAGCCCAUUGUAGAAGAGGGAACACUUGAAGAUGCAGGGACACGGCCCAUUCAGACAACAGAAACAAAGAGCCCAGAUCCCUGUGGGCUCACACUAACACCAGACAGCGAUUUGGCUUCUGGAAGCCCUGGACGGCCAGUACCUGCACCCAGACGGGUGUUAGACUCCACCCCUCCUCGUCCUGCACCCAGAACCCGUCUACCUAAAGCCUCUGUUCAUGUCCCUCUCUCUGCAGGUUACCCAGUUGAUAGUAAGACUUUACCCAAUCCUUCUCGCAGGUUUGGCCAACCCAGUGGGCCCCGUAAACCCAAAGACCCACCGUGGCUGGAGCUUGUCCAGCCAGGGCCCUGGCCCAAGCUGCCCCCUGCCCCGCCCCCUAGUAUGCCCAAGCCCCCACGCUCAGGCUCUAUACCCUCCCUCAGAGGGAGUUGGUACAGAGCGAGAGAACCCCCUCCCAACCCCUUUGGGGAGUUUGAGGAUGAGGAGGCUGAUGAUGAUUACACAGGGGAAGAGGGCACAAUGAGAGGUGCUGAAGGCCAAGCACAGCCCUCAAUGGUAACCAGCCAGACAUGGUGUGGUACCAGUCAGUUAGCUGAAGCAGCCAGCUCACAUUGCCAAGCUAAUUUAGAGGACACAUCCAGAGAAGUUGACAAGUCUAAUCUUGCUGGAGCGGAUAGCACAGUAAAUUUACCUGAAAUUGCUAAUGCACCAAAGGUAGACAGUUUAGCUGAAGCAGGAUGCUCACUUCCUGUAUCUAAUUUAGCUGAAGAAGCUGUUUCAAUUGGUAUAUCUGAGUCAGCAGAUGUUGGUGGGAUAGCUAACAUGGCUGAAGCAGCUGGCGUACUUGAUGUAUGUAAUUUAGCAGAUGUUGGAGUUGGAGAAUCAACCAACUUGUCCAAAGCAGCUAGUUCACUUGGUUUGUCUAAUUUGACUGAAGCUAAAAUCACAAGUUCAUCUUACUUGGCUGAGGCCGCUAGUUCACUUGAUGUAUCUAAUCUAUCUGAAGUAGCCAGUUCACUUGGUGUAUCUGUUCUAGCUGGAGCUGGUGGGUUAGGAGGUUUAGUUGGAGCAGUUAGUGCACCGAACAUAUCUAAUUUAAUUGAAGAAGCUAGUUCAUAUGGUGUUUCUGAAGCUUCUGCCGGUUCACUUAGUGUGUCUAAUUUAGCUGGAGCUGAUGGCAUAUGCAGUGUAACUGGAGCACCAAGUGCUCUUGGCAAAUCAGAUAUAGCCCAGAGCCUCUCUUUGCCCAAGAGUGUGUCUGUGCCAGCAAUCUCCACUAGUCUUAGUUCCGCCUGUACUCAAAGCCACCCCCCACCAACCUUGUCAACCAAUGGAGCAGCAGCCAGUCCCUCCCUGCUCAGACCCCCAUCGCUCCCUAGUGUGUCUGAAGUGAGUGACUCUGACCAGGUGCCCACCCCCUCUCACAGUAAGGUAAGGUGAUAUUCUGCUCUUUUGUAUCCACUGAUAUCUAUGUCAC